AUGUUCCAUAACUUCAUCAAAAGUAUUGUCGACUCAUCGUUGAGUUGCGCAGAAAAGCUGCGUGAUAGAAAAAAGGCUCUAUUUGAGUUUCAAGUGGGCGUUCAUGGCGAUUUCCACAGGGGAACUGUGUUAUCAGUUUCUCCUACACCCCCUUCUACCCCACCUCUGCCGUCCCAUCACUUCUCAAACACCGACGCACCUCUGUCCUCGAUCAAUGACACGACGGAGGAUGCUGUUUGUUGUGGACAAAUGCCCCCUCGGAUCCGAACACCUACCCUUGAAGGCAUGCCCGAUGAAAUACAAUGCCACAUCCUCGGGUUUCUUUCAUAUAAUGAAAUUAUACGAUGCGCUUUGACCUGCCUGACACUAUACAACACGGUCAAAUGCUCUGUUGAACUACAGUACACCAUCGAACUCGGUGCUCAACGGCUGGUCGAAGUCCAUCCGCGGUCCCCUACUGCCUCUUUAGCAGAGUACUUGCGUAUUCUCAGAAAAAAGGCAAACGCAUGGAACGAUUUCAAACCCAUUGCUACGGAUGCGUUUCGCGUCAAGACCUUGUUCGGCUUGAACUCGGUCGUUCAUCGAAAUGUCAUCUCCUGCACGCCGUCCGUGCACGUCGACGCUGCGUCCAACACUGUGGAUAUCAAGACCAACAGCACGUGUUCUGUAAAACUCGCGAUGAAUCCCAAUCCAGUUCCGAAUACCUACAGGUACUUGGACGAGUCGCAAGACGUCGAGGUCAUCGUCACUUUUCCGAUCGAUGUCGACUCUGAUGGAUUCAAGUACCGAAUAUCCUUUCGUUCGAUAUCGACGGGGGAGGAGCAUCCUUUGUCGCAUGGAUCGCGUGUGGUGAGCGGGAGAGCCGCUUGCUGUGAAGCUCAGUUCAUCAAAAUCGCUGUCGCUGUCUUCGAUGAUCGCCUCGCAGUCUAUAUCGCUGGGCUCGACGAAAACAGGGACCCGUGCUGGUCGCUGCAUGUAUUGAGUUGGAAACAACCUAGUCAAGCCGAUGACUUAUGUGCGAUCGGCGACGGAAAUGAGCUCCUGGACAUCCGUUUUCUCGUGAAGGAAAAGCUUAUAGCUCUCUCUACAGACGGUCAUAUACACCUCUACGACACUGAGGACCCGUCAAAGGCGCCGCGGCUCCAUGCAAGAUUCAUGCUACCCUUCCAUGGCAAGUUGGGUGUAUUCGAUCACCCGUCGAGUUUUCAUAGUGCCGCAAGCUGUACACCAGUCAACCAUUGGAUCUGGGCAACAAACCCUGCAGAUCGAGUCAUAUCCGUGACAUGGGCCGAUCCCUCGUCGAUUUAUAUCGUAUCUGCUCGCAUAUUUUUCAUGGACGUUCCUUCGACAUGGUUUGACGCGACGUCAGAAGAUGGACGGUCAGUCAAAUGGUCAUCGUGGGGUCCACAAAACUCUCGUCUCGUCCCUGACGAAAGGUUCGACAUGCAAAGGCGGUGCUUUUUUGGAGUGGGAGGAUCUCGCGUUAUAUGGGCGAGUCCUGUCGCGGGUCGAAGUGAUUCGUCGUUCCAGCUAUGCAUGACCGACUUCAAUCCCUCGGCCGUGGCGCGUGGUAUCGGCAAGGUGAUCCGCGAGCCUACAACAUUGUUAGGUCUCCAACCGGACAUGCAGGUGACGACGUACCUCCCUUUCGUGGAGGUGUCGCAUGACAGAGCUUUCGACGCCCCCCUUUGGGAUAUCAAACUCGACGAGGAGACGAUGGUGAUGUUCACCCGAUCAACUAUCGAGUCUGAGUGGAAAAUGCAGGCGGACGUCUUUGAAAUGUAG